CCAGCCCUCCAGUACAUAGCUUCUGUUUGGGUGCCUGGAGCUGUAUGGAACUCUUAGCAUUGGCUUGAAUCACGUUUGUUCAGCACAGAGCUGAAUGAUUCCCCUUCAUGCUGAUGUUUUCACCACAUUUUGUAGAUAUUGUUUCAUUCCUGUGCCUUAGAUUAGGCAUGGUAUAAACUUCUUACUCUGCUGCCUGGACAUGGAAAGUCUCAGUAUGGGGAUCAUGCUGUUUCUGUGUUGCAAUUUGGGGUGCUAAGCUUUGCAGCAGAAGCUUUGCAGCAGAAGCAGCUGGUGGACUGCAGUGGGAGGUUUGCUUCAUGUUUUCUCUAACAUCUCCAUUUGCAGAAGGAGAAUUGGUGGUCAGACUGUUUCAGCAUCGUUCCUGUUUGCAUCAGAGAAAACAGCAGCACAGGACACCAAGUGUCUGAGAUGGCUGGUUGGGGCAUGCUGACCUGGUGUUUGAUUGCACCUGAGCAGUCAUGUCCCCCAGAAGCAGCGUGCUAGGAGAUUGUGCUGCUCUCUUCUCAAAUAGGCUUUGACUUGCAGAAGGAAGCACAGAAAGCACGAACGGAGGGGAGUGCAUGGCUGUUGCUGCAAUGGUGAGAAGCUCAGGGCUAAGUCCUCUUGACUGUGACCCAUCCUGGGCCAUGCUUUUGAGGUGUCCAAAAGCUGUCAUCCCGUUCAGUGCCACAUGGAGGAGUUCUGUUGGGAUUUCCCUUGCCUCCUUGGCUUUGGUUAUUCGUAGAAUCAUAGAAUGGCUUGGAUUGAAAGGGACCUCAAGGAUCAUCAAGCUCCAACCGCCCUGCUGCAGGCAGGGCUGCCAACCUCCACAUUUAAUACUAGACCAGGUAUUCCUGGCUGGCAGCUCAGAAAUACCAACCUCUCACAGGAGUUUCUGAACUGCCCAGGAAAACUGAUCUGAGCUGGGAGCUCUUGUGAGGUAUUUCCCAUCACAGAAGUGUGUUUGCAUGAGCACAGCUCAUGUGAUGGUGACUUUGCAGCUCAUGUCUGGGAUCAAGACAAGUAAAGAAUCGUAUAUGGAACACAAAUGUGUGUGCAGCCAAGGCUUGCAGUGCAGCAGUCUGCAGGAUAAACAGUUGGCUUCAGCCCAUGGGGAUCUGGCAGCACAGAGUUCAUGCUGAAACGUAGAAAUAACUGAUGACAAGGGCAGGCUGCCACUUUUCUCUAUUCAUUUUAUCUCUUAAUGAGACUCACCCAGUCCUGCUACUGGGGACUGCCAGCAGGGAGGCCCUGCACAAAGCCCUCAAUUAUGUUCCACCUGCAUGCCUCCAGCUGGCUCACAAGGUAAGCAGGAAGAGUGCUUCUCUACCACUGACAGUAUAACUCUGCACCCCUGGCUGUCCCCCCUCCUUCCUCCUCUCCCCUGGCUGCAGCUCUAAGGUUUCAUCCUCCUCGCAGGUCUGAGCUGAAGAGCACCUGGCUGGAACUCCUUUGGCCACAAGGAUCGCGCAUUCACGUUUUGCAGGUGUGUGCUUAAGUUUCCUGAGCACGUUCGGAGCUCAAGAUCAUGCCCAGUCUGUGCAUCAGCAGGACACAGAGCUGCAGGAGCAAGGUUGUCAUCUGAAGUGGAGGAUGGAGGGUGGGAACAGCCCCAGCGACGCUGUCUCUGCAGGCAGGAGACUUGCAGCGCGAUUCACAAACCCUCCCAGGACAUUCUGGAUCAUCUUGUCCAUCACAUUGCUUUUUGCAGCUGUUGGCAUCAGCGUUGGGGGGAUUCUUGGCUUCUCCCAUAGCUCUGCCCAGGCUGGACCACAGCUCAGCCGGAUCACACUGCAUGGGGAGCAGGACGUGCCGAGGAACCAAACAGCCACAGUUGAUGUGUCCAGGAGCACUGUCACCUAUUACAUCACCUCACGGAGUAACCGCAGUGCUAUUGUGCUGUACGACAGCCAGCAUGGCUACGUGUGCUACAGACCUGCAGAGCAGCAUGCCUGCUACCUGCGCACAAUGGACCCUGAGGACCGUGAAACCACACAGGUGAUGCUGAGUGCAACUGAGCAGAGGGGUGACAAACUGCUACUCCGGAAUAACCAGACCAAGUACUACAGGGAGUUCCUGGGCAUUGUGGCAGGGAAACAAGUGGACCCCAACGGCCUGGGUGAGGCCAUCCAAGCUCUCUGUGAGCAGACGUCCAUCUUCUGGGUCCAGAGAGCAGAUGGUCCAGGGAAGCAGCGGUUGAUCUACCUUUGCAUUGACAUAUGUUUUCCAAGCAAUAUUUGUGUGUCUAUCUGCUUCUAUUACCUUCCUGAUUAAGCCCUGCAGCCACAGAUGCCCUCUCACUGCUCUACAUACUUGAACUGUAUUCCUGAAAAGCCUCUGAUUUCAGCAAGGAAGGUAACAUCUACAACACUGCCUAAAAGCUUCCUACUGAUUUCAUGCUGCCGUUCAGAAGAAUUUAGGUAAAGCAACUCUGCUCAGCGCUGUUGGUACAGAACUUUAUUUGCCGCUGCAACCCAGGGCUGCAUCUUGUAUGUAGGCAGUAGAUCUAGACAGAGGAACCACAUGGAGUAGCUUGUGUUUUGUGGCCACGUGCCCUGUUCGAUACUGGGUUGUUAUACUUGCUGGGGGUGGUGGUUUUCUAAGAGAGCAGAUCUCCAAGAAAGUCUGUGAAAUACAUGUUUGAAUAAAGGGACUGCAAAACAAGAAAGCAGCCGCCUUUCCUCUCUGUUCAGCCCAUUCCAUCAUUUAGAAAGGCUGAUUUUUUCCAC